AUGGCUAGCAAUCUAGCUCCAAUUGCGCAGCUUCUGGAGGCCAGUUUGGAUCCUCGACAGCACAAACAGGCCGAGGCUGCCUUGAAGCAAGAGGAAGCUAAGCCAGGGUUUUCCCUCCAACUUCUGCAUAUCACAGCAUCUGAGACGUUUGCAUACAACACCCGUCUUGCCAGUGCACUUUGCUUCAAGAACUUUAUAAAGAGGAACUGGACCGACGAGGAGGGCCAGUACAAGCUACCGGAGAGCGAUGUCGUUACCAUCAAGCAGGAGCUGAUAAGCUUGAUGAUAUCUGUGCCCACAGGCAUACAAUCUCAGCUCGGAGAGGCAGUCAGUGUCAUUGCAGACAGUGACUUCUGGGAGAGAUGGGACACAUUGGUCGAUCUAAUUAAUAUCUCGCCUCAGGACCUUGUAUCCCGACUGUCACCGGAGAAUAUCAAGACCAACAUCGGUGUCUUGCAAGUAGCCCAUUCCAUCUUCAAGAGAUGGCGGCCCCUCUUCCGUUCCGAUGACCUCUAUAGAGAGAUCAACCAUGUCCUUGGGAAAUUCGGACUUCCAUACUUGGCUUUGUUCGAGUCUCUUGAUGCAUACAUCGAGAAGAAUAAGGACAACAAGGAGAACCUCACCCUCGGGUUUACCCAGCUCAACCUCAUGGUCAAGCUGUUCUAUGACCUUUCGUCCCACGACUUGCCCCCCAUGUUCGAAGAGAAUCUAGGAGCAAUCGCGACGCUGUUCCUGAAAUACCUAAUGUACGACAACAAGCUAUUACACACAGAUGACGAUUCGGAGUCUGGUGUACUGGAAUUCGUCAAAGCAGGAACCUUUGAAGCUCUCACCCUCUAUGUUCAAAAGUACCUCGAUGUUUUCGGCUCGCUUGUUGAACAGUUCAUUGGCAGUUCAUGGAAUCUGCUUACCACAAUUGGCCAGGAGACAAAGUAUGAUAUCUUGGUUAGCAAAGCGCUGCAGUUUUUGACAUCUAUUGCAAAGAUUUCGGAGCACGCGGCGGCGUUCCAGAACGAAGGAACCCUAGGUCAGGUCACCGAGAAGGUCAUCCUACCUAACAUCACCCUUCGAGAGUCUGAUGUGGAAAUGUUCGAGGAUGAACCCAUCGAAUUUAUCCGAAGAGAUCUUGAGGGCUCUGACAGUGAUACAAGACGACGAGCUGCCACCGAUUUCCUCCGACAGCUUCUCCAAAACUUCGAGGAUUUAGUCACUACAGUGGUACUAAGAUAUGUCGAGCACUACUUGGCUGAUUAUGCCAAGUCUCCAUCUGACAAUUGGAAGUCAAAGGAUACUGCAGUUUACCUGUAUUCCUCCAUUGCCGCUAAAGGCGUUGCAACCGCAAGCCACGGCGUCACCACUAUCAACUCCCAUGUCAACAUCACCGAGUUUUUCCAAAAGAAUAUCGCUUCCGAUCUUGUCGCCGAGACUGGUGUGCAGCCAAUCUUGAAGGUGGAUGCCAUUAAGUACCUCUACUCAUUUAGAAGCAUCAUCACCAAGGACCAGUGGCGGGAGAUUAUGCCUCUAUUAGUGAAACAUCUCGCAUCUUCAGACUACGUGGUCUACACCUAUGCCGCAAUUGCUGUUGAAAGAGUCUUUGUCCUUACCGAUGCUUCUGGUGCUCAAAUCGUUCCAGCAAGUGAUAUUACCCCCCUGGCCGGACAGCUUCUCGAGCAUCUCUUCCAACUAGUUCAGAAAGAGUCAUCUGCACCCAAAGUUCAGGAGAAUGAGUUUAUCAUGAAGUGCAUCAUGCGAGUUCUUGUGGUAAUCAAGGAUGCUGCUGUUCCCCAGACAGAGUCCAUUCUCAACCAUCUCAUCCGGAUUACUGAGAUUAUCAGUUCCAACCCAAGCAACCCACGUUUUUACUACUACCACUUUGAAGCUCUGGGCGCACUCAUAAGGUAUGAUAUAAUGCCUCCUAAUCAAUUGCACGAAUUUAUGCCAUAUGUGUUCCAGCUGUUAGCUGCGUUACUUGAAGUAGACCCCACUGGCUCAUUCCCAGACUACUUCAAGGACAUGAUUGCCCCCAUUCUUGCGCCAGUUAUGUGGGAACAGAAAGGAAAUGUUCCUGCACUAGUUCGCCUGCUGCAAGCUAUCGUUCGACGUGGGGCGGAUUUAUUGAGCAAAAACAACCAAAUCGAGCCCAUAUUAGGGAUCUUCCAAAAGCUAGUUUCUUCCAAAAUUAACGAAAGCUACGGCUUUGAUCUUUUGGAGACUGUGAUUUCGACAUUCCCCUCGGCGAUGCUACAAAGCUACUUCCCUACAAUCCUUCAGAUCAUCCUUACCCGACUUCAGAACUCGAAGACUGAAAAUUUCUCACUCCGUUUUGUUCGAUUCUACCACUUCCUCUCAGCUCACCUAGAGAAUGGGUACGGAGCAGAUUUCUUCAUUCAAUGCACUGAAAAUAUUCAAAACGGGUUUGCUUCUCCCCACCUUUCAUCAUUAGUGACUACUGUCUUCACCCCCAUUUACCUUAGCAUAAUCCUUCCGGAAUCGAGGAAGCUUGCCCGCCCUCUUGAUCGCAAAAUUGCAAUUAUUUCAUUUGCCAAAACUCUUGCACACUCUGAAGCUUUCGCCUCUCGGUACAAGAAGGGAUGGGGUUUCACAUGCGAGGCCCUACUAUAUCUUCUCGACCAACCGAUCCUGCCUACCACUGGCGACGACAUUGUAACCGAGCAUGAUGUUGAAGACAUGGCAUUUGGAGUUGGAUUCACCCAGCUAACAACCAUUAAGAUGCCACCUAGAGACCCUUGGCCAGAGACUGGCCCGCAAGUCGGCCAGUGGGUUGCUACUUACCUGAAGGAGCAGAACAGCAAGAAUAAUGGAAAGAUUCAGAACUUCGCUCAAGAGAGGUUAGAUCCUCAGAUCUUACCCGGUUUGGCCAAACUUCUCGCAUAG